UUCUCCAAUUUUGAUUGUGUGUCAAGUUGAAAAAAUUGAACACAUGUUUGAUUUAAUUUGGUUUAAAUUGUUCAUUUAAUUUUGACAACCAAUUUUUAAUAUAAUUCAAUUAAAAAUGUCUGCGCCAAGUGAGGAAGAAAUCGCAAGAGCUAAAUUAGAUAAAUUAUCUCUGUAUACCAGUGAAUCGCGUGGAAAUGAUGAAACCGGUGAUGGUAGUGCUGAUAAUCCAUUUAAAACUGUUCAACGAGCUGUUAAACAAUCAGUUGAGCUUAAGAAUGAAAAUGUUGAUGUUUUUAUGGAUCCAAAGGAAGGUGAAAUUGCCGGUGAUGGUGGUAAAUAUGUUCAGGUUCCCAAAACUCAGGUGAAGAAGAUUAGGAAAACGUGUGUACGAGACACGUAUAAAACUGAUAAGCCUGUCGUAGAUGUGGAAGCCAAGAAAGCUGAAGAGGAAGCAAGAACUGAGAAAAAUCUUGAAGAUGCUAAAAAAAUAACCAUCUCAUUAGAUGCUAGUUUACCGAUGGAAAUAACCAAGAUCCGUAAUUGUUGUAAUUUAAGAGGUAAACGGGUUAAAAUCAAUGGUUGGGUUCAUCGGUUAAGAAGACAAGGAAAAUCAUUAAUGUUUCUACUCUUACGUGAUGGAAGUGGCUUCUUACAAUGUGUCCUUAAUGGGAAACUUUGUCAAACAUAUGAUGCUCUUAUUUUACAAACUGAAGCUUCGGUUACCGUUUAUGGUACACUUAAAGAGGUUCCCGAUGGUAAAGCAGCACCCGGAGGACAUGAAUUGGUCUGUGAUUAUUGGUUAUUAAUCACAAACGCUCCUGCAGGAGGAAUCGAUCAUGUUUUCAAUGCUGAAUCAUCGGUUAGUGUGCAAAUGGAUCAACGUCACCUAAUGUUAAGAGGGGAAAAUAUAUCGAAAAUUAUGAAAGUUCGAGAUAUUGUUGUUCAAUCGUUUCGAAAUCAUUACCAUGAUAAAGGUUAUUUUGAAGUUACUCCUCCAACAUUAGUCCAAACUCAAUGUGAAGGUGGAUCAACUCUAUUUAAGUUCUCAUACUUUGGUGAAGAGGCUUAUCUAACUCAAUCAUCUCAACUCUAUUUGGAGACUGUAAUUCCUGCUCUUGGUGAUGUUUAUUGUAUUGCUCAAUCAUAUCGAGCUGAACAAUCACGAACUCGUCGUCAUCUUGCUGAAUAUACACACAUAGAGGUGGAAAGGCCUUUUAUUACAUUCGAUGAGUUACUCAAUGAUUUAGAAGAUUUAAUUGUCGAUGUUGUUGAACGAACUUUGGCUAAUCCAGUUGCAGCUGAGAUUCUUAAAGAAUUAAAUCCUAAUCUAAUUGUACCAAAAAAACCUUUCAAACGAAUGAACUAUUCUGAUGCCAUUGAUUAUCUUAAGAAAAAUAACAUUACCAAAGACGAUGGAUCUUUUUACGAAUUUGGUGAAGAUAUACCUGAAUUACCUGAGAGAAAAAUGACCGAUCAAAUUAAUGAGCCGAUUCUCUUGUGCCGUUUUCCCGCUGGUAUCAAAGCCUUUUACAUGUCUAAAUGUACCGAGAAUAGUUCAUUAACUGAAUCGGUUGAUGUUUUGAUCCCAGGAGUUGGUGAGAUCGUCGGUGGUUCAAUGAGGAUUUGGAAAGACGAUGAACUCACUGAAGCCUUCAAAGUAGCUGGAGUUGAUCCAGCUCCGUAUUAUUGGUACACCGAUCAACGGAAAUUUGGCUCUUGUCCCCACGGUGGUUAUGGCCUUGGAUUGGAAAGGUUAAUCACCUGGAUCUGUAAUAGAGAUCACAUUCGAGACACUGUUCUCUAUCCUCGAUACAUUUCCCGAUGUACACCUUGAGAGAAAACUAAUCGAAAAUUAAACUUCGAUCAUGAUUAUGAAAUAAUGAUUUUCGUUUGAUGUUUCAUAUUAAUAACAAUAAUCAUUAUCGCAAUUUAUUUGCGCUCAUAAUCAAUUCUAUUCUA